UCGGUGUGCGUGACGUGGCCAAUGGAGUCUGCCAUAUUGGCAGUAGAGUCUCAGAAAUAUCGGUCUAGCAUCGAUCUCGAAUCCAGCUGUAACUGAAGACAUCAAAGAGAAAAAAGAUGGGCAGUCAAUGCCUCAGCCUUUUAGUAAUAACAUGCAUUGUUAUUUGUGUCUUUAACUCUGCAUUUGGAGAUGAACAUAACCAUCAGUAUGAAGAUGGAGAGGAAAUUGUGUUAUGGAUGAACACAGUGGGUCCAUACCACAACAGACAGGAGACCUACUCCUUCUUUUCCUUGCCAUUCUGUCAGGGACCGAAAGAAAAUAUUGGUCAUUACCAUGAAACCCUUGGAGAGGCAUUACAGGGGACAGAACUGGAGUUUAGUGGUCUGGAUAUUGAUUUUAAAGGUGACAUGAAGAAGACAGAGUACUGCUCUGUUACACUGACUGAAGAGAAAUACCAGGCUUUUGUCUAUGCUGUCAAAAACCACUAUUGGUAUCAGAUGUACAUAGAUGAUCUACCUAUAUGGGGAAUUGUAGGUGAAAUUGAUGAAGGAGGUGAUGGCUUCUACAUCUGGACACAUAAAAAGUUUGACCUAGGUCAAAACAAUCAUCAAAUUGUUGAUGUUAAUCUAACAAGUGAAGCAAAGAAAAAACUUGUACUUAAUGAGAAAAUAUCAUUCAGCUAUGAGGUGAAAUGGCAUGAUUCCCCUGUUAAAUUUGCUGACCGAUUUGACAAGUAUUUGGAUCCAAACUUCUUUCAACAUAGGAUCCACUGGUUCAGUAUCUUCAAUUCCUUCAUGAUGGUCAUCUUUUUGGUUGGGUUAGUCAGUAUGAUUCUGAUGAGGACUCUAAGGAAGGAUUAUGCUCGUUACAGUAAGGAAGAGGACUUGGAUGAUAUGGAGAAGGAUCUAGGAGAUGAGUAUGGAUGGAAGCAAGUCCAUGGAGAUGUGUUCAGACCAGCCUCUCACUCCAUGCUGUUCUCAGCUUUAAUUGGAUCGGGCUAUCACAUCUCUUGUGUGGCUCUCUGUGUCAUCAUCUUUGCUAUCCUGGGUGACCUGUAUACUGAACGAGGUUCUUUGCUAAGUACUGCCAUAUUUGUUUAUGCUGCAACAUCACCGGUCAAUGGAUACUUUGGUGGAAGUCUUUAUGCCAGGAUGGGAGGCAAAAUAUGGAUCAAACAGAUGCUGGCAAGUGCAUUCAUGAUGCCAACGCUUGUUUGUGGAACAGCUUUCUUCAUCAACUUUAUUGCAAUAUACUACCAUGCAUCAAGAGCUAUUCCAUUUGGUACCAUGGUGGCUGUGACUUGUAUCUGCAUCUUUGUGAUACUGCCGCUGACCCUGGUGGGAACAGUGUUAGGGAGGAAUCUGGCAGGCCAGCCCAACUAUCCCUGUCGUAUCAAUGCUGUACCACGGCCUAUACCUGAGAAAAAGUGGUUUAUGGAGCCUGCUGUGAUAACUGUGCUUGGAGGAAUCCUGCCAUUCGGCUCUAUAUUCAUCGAGAUGUACUUCAUCUUCACAUCCUUUUGGGCCUACAAAAUAUACUACGUCUAUGGAUUCAUGUUAUUGGUGUUUCUUAUACUCACUGUUGUAACAGUGUGUGUGACCAUUGUUUGUACUUACUUUUUACUGAAUGCAGAGGACUACCGCUGGCAAUGGACAAGUUUCCUAGCUGCAGCAUCAACAUCAGGAUAUGUCUAUCUGUACUCAUUUUAUUACUUUUUCUUUAAAACUAAAAUGUAUGGCUUGUUUCAAACAACGUUUUACUUCGGAUAUAUGGCCCUAUUUAGUUUAGCUCUUGGAGUUAUGUGUGGUACAUUUGGAUACAUUGGAACCAGCUUCUUUGUGAGGAAAAUCUAUUCGACUGUGAAAAUUGACUAAUUUUGUAGUGAUGUUAGAAGGUAUAUGGCUGGCUGGCCACUUGACCUCACCAACAGCUGAUGUGAUACAGUGUGUGACUGGUAUACCUGACUUGGAUGGCUGUGAAUAAUGAUGAGGAUCUGACCAACUGUUAUGCACUGUUGUGUUGCAGAAUGGAUGAGUUCAACAAUUAGACUGUUCCAAAUCUCGGUUUCAACUUUGAGAAGUGAUAUGUACAGUUAUGAGUGAUUUUGGUAAAUCCAACCAGUGUUCUGCAAUCGUGAAUAGAUAGGUGGUAUCUGUAAGACUGCUGUUCUUUGUUAAGACUUUUAUACAUAAGCUUAUGUAUCUGGUAUGUUGUGCAGUUUUUGUUUCUGAAUGAAUAUUAUUGUCAAUGUUUUAAAAACAAUGGAAUGCAUUUAUUUAUAUCUUGAGAUGCCAAUGUUUGGAAUUAGUUGAGUUUUAAAUCUAAAUUCAUCAUCGCUUUGCUCACAGUUGGUAAACCCAUAGUCCUCGCACUCAUGAUGGGCUUUCCUGUAUCAGAAAAAUGACUGCUGGUUGGACAGGAGUUUUAGAUAAAAGAUAUAGAAGUGAUGUAUAGAAAGAAAUCUCCUAACUAAAAUUAUGGAAAACCAUUAAAAUCUACAAAUAUGCUGACUCAGUUGGGUUAUUGGAAAUCAAGCUACAUUUUAGUACAACAUAAUUUUUUCACUACCAAAAUAUUAUCAGCCAUAGUCAUAAUUUAUAGUUGAUAUAUCAAUGCAUUAAAUAUAGCAAAGAAUGUGUUUGAAUGAUGGUGUAUUUAGAAUGCUGUGUUGAUAGUGUGAACUUCAUGGAAGUCUGUUUCAUUGAUUCAUGUCUGAGGGAAAACUGUUUAAACACAUUACCAUGUCAGCUUAACAUUUAAUAUAUUUAUAUAUUGAUGUAGCAAAACUUAUAUUUUGCUGUACUAUAGAAUUUUAGUUGGUUUUAAUUGUAACCAGCUGUAUUUAGUUACUGAUAUCAGAGGAAUUUCAUCUAUGGCUUGACCAUGUGAGAAGUGUAUAUCUAAGAUUGGAGUGCUUGUUAAAUAAUUUUGUUGUAAAAUGUUAAAUUAUUUCUUCAAAGUUUAUGUCUGGUGUAUGAACUUUCUGUGCAUGGGGGAGUGAAUGUAUAUAUAUUCCAAAGAUAAUGGAUGAUAUGUUGUAUGAGGAACUAAAACAUUUCCAGCGUGGUUUUCAGUGUAAAUGAGAAUACAUGUAAUACAGUGUGAAAGGCAUGACUUGAAAAGUUAUUAGACUAGUGUGCUGUACAUAUUGCAAGAUUAUACUGCUAGCAAAUAACGCAGAGGAUGCAGAUUAUAUUGCUAGAAAAUAACGCAGAGGAUGCCAUUUUAUAAGUCGCUGAUUAACUUGUUUAUUAUUGGAGCUGUAAGUAUCAGUAUUGACACUAAGAACAGGAACAUCACUGUGGCCAUAUCAAGGUUACUCUGACGUUUGGUUUGUAUAUCAUGUGGGGGUCAUUUCUUCAUAUUGGAUCAUGAUUUCAUCACGUCAUUGACUUAAAAGUUUCAUGUAGUAUCUGGUUUCAAAUCUAUUUGGUGGUAAAUAUAUUUGUACAUAUGUAAGAUAAAAACCAUGAAUGUGAAGUAAAACCAUGAAAGGAAGACAAUCUUACUUUGUUAUAUUCUGUAAACAGUUCAAAAUGAUGUAUUGUUUGCACCGGGAAAUAUAUGUAUAUCAAAAUUUUAUUAUGUCUGAAUAAAGCUAUAUAUAUAU